CCUCCCCUUUCCUACCUGACCUGUACAUUAUAUAAUUGUGUGCUCUUUGGGAUGUGAGAGCAUUUUUUGCCUAUCUUUGGAUUCAUACUCGAGAAAGACAUUUGUAGAAAAGACUGUAAAGGGAUCCUAGUGCAGAUGGCAACUGUGGGAAAGGUGAUAAAAUGCAAGGCAGCAAUCAUCUGGGAAGUUGGCAAAACACCUUCCAUUGAGGAGGUGGAGGUGGCACCCCCAAAAAGCCAUGAAGUUCGAGUGAAGAUAGUGGCUACUGGAAUCUGUCGAACUGAUUAUCAUGUCCUGAAAGGGUUUUUUCCUAAAUUAGAUUACCCAGUUAUUGCAGGCCAUGAAGGAGCAGGAAUUGUUGAAAGCAUUGGACCAGGAGUCACUUGUGUAAAGCCAGGUGACAAAGUCAUUCCUCUUUGCCUUCCCCAGUGUGGAGAAUGCAGCUGCUGCCGAAGUCCUAAAGAUAAUUGUUGCCUCAAAACCCACUUCUGUGAACGUCCCCAAAACCUGAUGCCAGACCAAACCAGCAGAUUCACCUGUAAAGGAAAACGGAUUCACCACUUAAUGUGGGUGAGCACCUUCUCCGAAUACACGGUUAUGCCUGAUGCUUCCAUUGUCAAAAUAGACAACAAUGCUCCUCUAGAUAGAGUCUGCCUCCUUGGCUGCGGGUUUCCUACAGGCUAUGGUGCUGCUAUUAAUACUGCCGAGGUGGCGCCUGGUUCCUCUUGUGCCAUCUUUGGCUUGGGAGGCGUCGGUCUGUCCAUCAUCAUGGGCUGCAAAGCAGCAGGAGCAUCCAGGAUCAUUGGGAUUGACAUCAACAAGAACAAAUUUGCAAAGGCCAAAGAGCUGGGAGCCACUGAGUGCCUCUCUCCUGAUGAUUUCAAGAAGCCCAUUAACGAGGUGCUGGUGGAGAUUACUGGUCUUGGCGUGGACUACACUUUUGAAGCAAUUGGACUUGUUGAAACUGUGACUGCUGCUCUAGCAUCCAGCCACAUGGCCCAUGGAGUCUGUGUGGUGGUUGGGGAACCUCCCGCUGGAUCCCACCUCUCUGUUGAUCCCGUUCUGCUCAUCACAGGAAGGAAACUACUUGGAUGUUGUAUGGGAGGAUUCAGGCUGAAAGAUGCUAUUCCAAAACUGGUUUCGGAAUACAUGGAAAAGAAAUUUAAUUUGGAUGCAUUAAGAAGUCAUGUGUUGCCUUUUGAGAAAAUUGGUGAAGGCUUUGAGCUUCUAUGCAGUGGUAAAAGUAUCCGCAGUGUCCUGUUAUAUUAAUCCUUUGUACACCUGACCAAAUUCAACCGAAUUUCAGUGAACAUGAGUUGAAACUAUUUGAAGUUUUAAACCAGUUGGAAGUUGGCAAGCUAAAGUAGAAAAGGCAAUUUUUGCUCUGUAUAUAAACAAUAAAGUGUAAAGAUUGGAGAUCCUUAUAA